AUGUAUUGGAAAAAUACAUGGUGGGAAGGAAAAGCCUAUCCUUCGUGUGAGGAAAUCAAAUUGAAUGAAGGCAUGGUAAUAUCGCAUGAUCAUGAUUACUCAGUACAACAUAUCUUGAAAGCUAUUUACGUACAGAACUGUUACCGCGACGCCAUACCCGUUUUGAACACCAACGUCGGUUUAGUUAUUGAUAAGUUUACAAAGCCUUUACCUAUCGUUGCUGAGUCAUGGGCAAAUUUCACUCAUCACAACAUUCGAGGGUCUUUCAGUUACAGUGUGGUAUCUAUCGUAUAUGCUAUUGCCGUACUGGCUGUUAUCACUUGGUUUCUCACCAUUUUUGUCUUUACCAACUAUACCAUUAAGCCAUCGUGGUUGUUGAAGUUAUCUACGUUGCUAUCUUCAGUUUAUAUUCUUGUGGUUGUUGUUAAAUCAAUCAUCAUUUUCCACCUGCAACAAAGGGAAGGGUAUCUUCAUGGAGCAAAGGUUUUGAAUGAAAUAAACGAAAAUAAAGCAGUUAAUAUUAUCGACUUGAUUGUAGUGUUACUUCUACAAAUCAAUCAAGUGCAAGUUAUUAUGAGAUUAUUUCAGCGACAAAAGGAUAAACGUCUCACGUUUUAUGUCGGUUGUGCUGCAUCUUUGACAUCACAAGUCAUAUGGGGUGUGUCACAGUUUCAUUUCUUUGACGUCAACAACGAAGCAGGAGAUAUCUUGCCCGCAUUUAUUUACUUGGUGAGAAUUGCUAUGGCUUUAUGCUAUGCUGCUAUCAUCACCGUCUAUUUCAUCAGUAAAAUACAAAUCAUUAUAGCUAAUCGACGAAUUUGGUUGUUAACCCUACUCACAUUGAUCUUGAUCUAUAGCCCGGUUGCCUUUUUCAUUGCCGAUGUUUCUAAUGCUUUCAUAUAUGAAUUAUCAGAGAUUUUCUCUGUUGUGAAUUAUGUGAUUGGCGUGGUGAUCCCAUGGGAAUGGUGCAACAAAUUCAAUUUGAUAAUGAGAGCUAAAGAAAAAGAGGGUGUUCUUGGAAGACGAUUUUAUGAGGAUGAAUCGUAUGAGCUUGACAGGUUUGAGCUUUUCGUUGAAGAGCAGAUGCCAGCAGAUGACGAUGAUGGUGAUGGUGAUGAUGCAAGUGGCGAGAACGCCAUCCAACGUGGUGAUGAAGAAGCAACCCAGAACCACAGACAACUUCUUUCACGAAGAACUAACCCUACCCUUGAUAGACCAGACAUUGAUGCAAGUGAUUUGUCAGCUGCUACAAAGGUCUUGCAUGCAUUGCAAGCUUCGAAACAAGCAUUCUUGACACUAACAGAUAAUAUUAUAGCAGCUGGCUUUGCUAUACCGAGGUCUGUUAGUGUGUCUACUCAUUCAUUUAGUGGACGACUGAGGGAAAAUCAUCAAGUUGAUUUGGAUGAAGCGAAUGAUGCUAGAACUAAAAAUACCAAUGCUGGAGCCGGCAGUUUCAGCGGGGAAAAUGCCACUCACGAAGCACAGCCAGAAUUCAAUACAGCAUCAUCCACAACUAGCAGAAACAGAAGAAACGUUUAUGUAUAUGCCAAAAAAGAGGUUGUCGUGGAUCUUUCUAGUCAAGAAGAAGAACGUUAA